AUGACAUCGAUAUCCAUAUUCUCACGACAAAUCAUUAUAUCGAGCCAUAAUGAAGGCCCUGCGGUUAAUCUUGCAUCAUGGAUAGGGUUGAGUACAAUGAUACUGAGUGUUGGUGCGAGACUUGGGAGUAAAUUUAUGGUUGUAAGGCGAUGGAGUACAGACGAUAGUUUGAUCAUAGUUGCGAUGUUCUUUGGGAUCUGUCAUAGUGUUUUUCUUUCAAUGAUGGUUGAUAAUGGACUUGGGCGGGAUCAAGAUACUCUCGACAGGAAGGAGCUGGAAAAGUACCAAAAAUAUGCUUACGCAUCUCAAUUGGUUUAUAUUCCAACUCUCUGCUUUGCGAAACUAAGUACAUUGUUCUAUCUACGAGCUUUAACGCCGGACUCCAAUUACGCAAUAUUCAACCGACUUACCGAGAUAUGUGUAAUAUUAUGGGCUUUAAGCGCCGAGUUUUCUAUUUUGUUCCAGUGCGACAUGCCGGAACCUUGGGCCAUUCUUUUCACCGACAAAUGUUUCAAUGUCGGCGUAUUCUGGAAAGCUAUUGGAGCCUUUGAAAUAGCAACUGAUUGUGACAUCAUAUUGUUGCCGAUAUUUCUAGUUUGGGGGCUCCAAAUGCCAUUGAGGCGUAAAGUCCUUGUUUUCAUAGCAUUUGGGACUAGAAUUUUCAUUUUACCCUUAUCAAUAGUGCGACUCGUCGUGAUUUCUUCUUCGGGAUCUCCCACGCUUCCGAAUCAAACACUCGCUUCCUAUCACAAUUACCUCUGGACGUCCGUCCAACUAAACUCUGCCAUUUUCUUCGCAUGCCUAUCAUUCCUCAAACCAUUUAUGGAAUCAAUGUCGUCUGGUGGUCUUGCCGCAUCUGUCAAUCCAAUGGAUUCAUCCUACAGCAACAAGCAAUCCCCCUCCAAUUCAAAAUUAAGCACCUUCAUCUCUUCUCGAUCUGGUUGGAAAGCCUCCAAGAAGAAUUCUUCGAGGCCACCACAAGAGCUUCGCACUAUAUCAACGUUUCAAGACUACGAUGAAGAUGACGAAAUCUCCACUCCUACUACCACAUCUCCAAAUUCUAAUCUAAAGAGAUCGUCACCUAUGUUUAGCAUUCGAUUCAAUAAUACAAAUGCGAAUGGGAAGCUGAGUCAUGAAGGCGAGGAAAUUGGCACAUUGAGACCUGACGGAGCAAUGACUAUCGCGCAUAUUAGACGUUCGACACCAGAUGAUGCCGCGGAACGGAGUACGGUUGGUAGUGAUAAGAUGAUUAUUAGACGUACGACUGAAUGGGACGUGCGAGAAGAUUUUGAGAGCAUUAGGGGAAGAAGGACUCAUUCUGGAGAUCGAGGUAGAGAUGAAGAGGACUAUGAAAUACAUAAGGCUAGUAUGGAGAGGGGAGAUGAUGAAGCUUGGGGUGAGAUGGGGACACAUUAUGCUGGGUAG